UCUUUGAUUGAGAUAAAAUGAUCAAAUCGGUGUGGAGAAUGUUCUUUUUCAUAAGUCAUUCAUUUGUCAAAUUACUAAACGAAUGGCCCACAAUUCUCCAUCAGAUUGUAGUUGUCGAAAGGGAGAGAAUUGCAUAUGCGAAACCGAUUUAGAGGAAAACAAACUUUGGAAUGAACUUUGUCGCCAGUAUGAUGAAGAAAAAAGAAGCGUUCAGGACUUUAUUCUGCAGAACAACAAGCAUGCGGAUGCACCAAAUCAUCCGCUUGUUGAUUUUCUCGAAACCAAAAUCACGCCAUUGCUGAAUGAUGCCUUGCAGAGUACUGUUAAAGAGGCGGAGAAGCAGAAUUGUCUUGAUAGACAAAGGACUGAUUUCGAUCCGAUAGAUCACAUUGCGCAGUAUCUAUGGAACCAUAACCCAGAAUUUCCGGACAGGGUAAAUAAGUAUAAAAGCAUUCACGACAUGAAAUGGGUGCAAGAUUAUCUGAAGCAGCAUCCAAGACCCUUCUUUCCUUUCCACCUGAUUUGGAGCGAUGAAUAUGCUGCCAUCAAAAUUCAAUCAUAUAUCAGGGGUUAUUGGGUACGAAAACAGGAGGAUGUUCAAGAAGUCCGCAAAUUUUGGAAGCAAUUGAAGGACGAAGCCCGUAGAUCUGGAACGUCAAUAUCAAGACGAUUUUAUAUGAUGGAUUGAUGAUAAUAAUAAUAAUCAACAAAUCAACAGCCAUACAUCUAGUUGUAUCUUAUACAUUUUUUCAGAAAUAGUGAUUUUAUUCAGAAUAAAUUCCAACAUUCUUCAUAGCAUUGUUCAAUUUUUGUAUAGCCAAAAAUAUAUUCGAAUGACUAAUAUAAUA